GUAGGUGAAGCUAUCAUAAUGUCAGGAAAUGUCAAGUACGUAAAUUUUCGGUGUCAAAAUGUAAAAAAAUUGUAAAAAUGGUGAGACGAUGAAGCAUAAUCAUCUGAUGCAUGUACAAUUAUACACAAUGCAGUUUUGUUGUGCAUCACAAACAUAGGAAAGUAACAAGAUGAGAAAGUGCUAUGCUGUGCUAUGGCUGGUGCGAGUGGUGCUGGUGCUACUGCCACAGACUGCCUACAUCCAUCCCGAUGAAUUCUUCCAGACAGUAGAGGUUGUAGCAGGUGACAUCCUGGGCCUGGAUACUUACACGCCAUGGGAGUUCAAUUCUACAUCUCCAAUUCGUAGUGUAACUCUGCCGUUCACAAUCCUGGGGCCACCGCUACUCCUUUUCAACUUCCUUACACAUCAUUUCCCCAGACUCGAGACAUCCUACUUCAUCCUUGUGCUGCCGCGCCUAGUCAUGGUCCUUCUAACUCUUGUCUUGGAUCUUUCGGUGUAUUACAUGUGCCAAUGUCUCAGUUUGAAUGAGUGGAUGGGUCUUAUGUUUGUGUCAUCCAGCUAUGUAACACUGACUUACUUGACAAGGACAUUCACAAACAGUUUUGAGACUGUCUUUUUUGCACUACUACUAGUGGUGUUGAUAAGAGAAUGGAAAUCAACUAGAAGUUCAACAAUUCUGAACUUUAAAGUCUUGAGUACAGAUGUCAAGGACAGAAAGUUAAAGAAGAAGUUUAAACCGAAAAAGAAAAUCAAAAGUACUUUCAUUGCUGAAAUUCCUAGAUAUAGACAAUAUGAAUGCAUCACUAGUAAUUUCCUUCCCUUUUCAGCUUUUCUUGUAGGAAUGAUUGUUGUAGCGGGCAUGUUUAACCGCCCAACAUUCCUCAUAUUUUCUAGCGUGCCAAUCUUUUUCUGGAUUUUAUCUUAUCAUUCCAAGACAAACAAAUUCAAUUCCAUCAUGACAAUUGUGAUAUUUUCUGGUCUUGGAUUCCUUUUAUCGUUUGUUAUUUUUGUGUUUGUAGAUUCUGUGUACUUUAAUCCUCAGAUAUUAUCAACUGUUAAAAGUGAUUUUGAAAAUUGUCAGUCUUCACGAAAAGACUAUAUCAUGUGCUUGAAAGACACAAUAACAAAAUAUGUGAUUGUUACUCCCUGGAACUUUAUAUCCUACAACACAAAACGUGAUAAUUUGGCGCAGCAUGGCAUACACCCAUGGUAUGUUCAUCUGCUUGUCAACUUGCCGUUAUUGUUUGGACCAAUGUGCAUUGUGAUGUAUUAUUAUAUUGUUAAGUUUGUAUCAGACAUCUACAAAAGGACAUGGAAGAGUCACAAUCUUGCUUUGAUAUUUAGUAACUUUGUUCCAUUGAUUCUUCUGUCAUAUUUUCCUCACCAAGAGCCGAGGUUCCUCAUUCCGUUAUUACCUAUUAUGACAUUGAUCACAGUGAAAAUCAUUAGCACUGUGAACCACAAAUCAUUUCUUUGUACAUGGUUUGUGUUUAACUUCUUGUUGACUUUAUUAUUUGGAUUUCUACAUCAGGGAAGUUUGACCUCAUGUAUACAAUAUCUUCAGCAUAAUUUUCAUUCCAAAUGCAAAACAAGAGAAUCCUCUAAACAUUGUUUUACUGAUAAAGACAAGUUCAUAUUCUACCAUACUUAUAUGCCUCCACGAUAUUUAUUUUUAAAUCAAAAUGCAAACAAUCAAAUAGUUGAUUUACAGGGACAGAACUGGUCAAGUCUUAACAAUUACCAACCAAAAACAGUGAAACACCAUGUGUAUGUCAUAUUACCAGGAUCUCUCAUCCAGGAGGCCAAACAUCAUAUCAAGUUUGAUAUCAUUACCAGAUUUUCAUUACAUUUAACAAUGGAGGACCCACCAGAUCUGUCAAUAUUGUCUAGUUUAAAUGACGACUGGACAAGUCAAAAUAUUUACAAAGUAUGGACAGAAUUAUCAUCACAGUUGUCAUUAUUUGUAAUUAAAAUAAACAGGUAACAUUCUC